AUAAUGUUUUUUUUUAAGGCUAAAGAACAAGCGUCUGAAAUGUGGUUGACAACUGCCGACGCGGCUAGUCUUGGAGCGGAAGAGGUAGCAGCUAGAUUACACGUCGAUGUACGAACGGGACUCAGAUGGCAAGAGGCUGACCAUAGAAGGCAACUGACAGGUUUCAAUGAGUUCACCGUAAAGGAGGAAGAUCCACCAUGGAAGAAAUAUAUCGAACAGUUCAAGAAUCCAUUGAUUCUUCUCUUACUUGCCUCUGCAUUUGUCAGCGUCUGCAUGAAGCAAUUCGACGACGCUGUCAGUAUUACUGUGGCUAUCAUAAUAGUGGUGACAGUUGCAUUUGUACAAGAAUACCGAUCGGAGAAAUCUUUAGAGGAAUUGAAUAAAUUGGUACCACCGAUAUGCCACUGCUUAAGAGAGGGUCAUGUGGAAACAUUUCUAGCGCGUACGUUAGUUCCUGGUGAUAUAGUGUAUUUAAAUAUUGGAAAUAGAGUACCUGCCGAUAUCAGAAUAUUCGAAGCUAUAGAUCUGGCGAUUGACGAGAGUAGCUUUACCGGAGAGACGGAACCGGCGCAAAAGUCAACAGCUCCUUUGCUCAAGACUAAUGGAUUGACAUCGAAGAGAAAUAUCGCCUUCAUGGGCACUUUGGUGCGCUGUGGAAAUGGCAAGGGAAUUGUAGUGAAUACGGGAGAAAAGAGUGAAUUUGGGGAGGUUUUCUCGAUGAUGCAAGCCGAGGAGGCACCAAAGACUCCACUACAGCGAAGCAUGGACAUUUUAGGUACUCAGCUGUCCUUCUAUUCAUUCUGCAUUAUCGGUAUUAUCAUGCUGCUGGGCUGGAUCCAAGGUAAGGCUAUCCUUGAGAUGUUUACCAUUGGUGUAAGCUUGGCAGUAGCAGCUAUACCGGAAGGCCUGCCUAUCGUCGUGACUGUGACACUGGCAUUGGGAGUGAUGAGAAUGGCCAAGAGAAAAGCCAUUGUGAAGAAGUUACCAACCGUUGAGACUCUUGGUUGCGUAAAUGUGAUAUGUUCUGAUAAAACCGGCACGAUCACGAAGAACGAGAUGACCACUACGAUUCUCGUUACGUCGGAGGGUUACAUCGCGGAUGUUACUGGAGCAGGAUACAACGACGUGGGAGAAAUACACAUACGGAAAUGUGAUAAUCUUGAUCUCGCACGCGCUGCUAUCACUAAUAUGCUGGAAGUGGGUUGCGUGUGCAAUAAUGCUAUCAUACAGAAUGACACUCUGUUGGGACAACCAACGGAAGGUGCGCUGAUAGCAGUGGCAAUGAAAUUCGGAAUGUAUGGUGUCGCUGAUAGAUAUCUGCGGUUGCAAGAAUAUCCAUUUUCUUCCGAACAAAAGAUAAUGGCUGUGAAAUGUACACCGAAGUUUGGCGAGAAUAGACAAGAAACAUACUUUGUAAAGGGUGCUUUGGAAAAAAUUUUGCCGCAAUGUACAAAAUAUUACGAGAAUGGUCAAGUAUAUACCCUUAGUCAAAAGAAAGAUCAAGAAUUUUUGACAGAAGCAUAUGACAUUGGUCAACAAGGAUUGAGAGUGAUUGGUCUGGCACGAGGCUCUUCAUUACAAGAUCUAAUUUAUAUCGGCCUGGUUGGUAUUUGUGACCCACCAAGACCACAUAUGCGCGAAUCUAUUAGCAUUUUGUUAAACAGCGGUGUUAAGGUAAAGAUGGUGACUGGUGAUGCUAAGGAAACUGCAGCUGCAAUAGCUAGCAUGAUUGGUUUGGAUACACUUCACAGUCGGCUGUUAUCGGGAGACGAGAUUGAUAUGAUGUCCGAGCAUCAAUUGGAACAGUGCAUUAAUAGCGUUAGUGUAUUUUACCGCGUAACACCAAAGCACAAACUUUGUAUCGUAAAAGCCUUACAAAGAAAUGGCAACAUAGUGGGUAUGACCGGUGAUGGUGUAAACGACGCAGUUGCGUUGAAGAAGGCCGAUAUAGGCAUCGCCAUGGGUAAAAAUGGCACUGAUGUAUGCAAGGAAGCGGCCGACAUGAUUUUGGUCGACGACGAUUUCGGAACUAUUAUCGCGGCGAUCGAAGAGGGGAAGGGAAUCUUUCACAACAUCCGCAAUUUCGUCAGAUUUCAAUUGAGUACUAGCAUAGCCGCGCUUUCUCUGAUUGCUCUCGCGACGUUGAUGAGUAUACCGAAUCCUUUGAAUGCUAUGCAAAUACUGUGGAUCAACAUCAUUAUGGAUGGUCCACCUGCUCAAAGUCUUGGAGUAGAACCGGUUGAUAAGGAUGUUCUGAAGCAAAAGCCACGAAAUACAAAGGAACCAAUGAUCACUCGUCAUCUCAUAAUUAACGUCUUAUUAUCCGCUAGCAUUAUCGUUCUUGGCACUUUGUGGGUGUACAACAGAGAGAUGGUUAAUGGAAAUACUGCGAGAGAUACUACCAUGACAUUUACUUGCUUCGUAUUCUUCGACAUGUUCAAUGCUCUUAGCUGUAGAUCACAGACAAAAUCCGUAUUUACGAUCGGUUUGUGGAGUAAUAAAAUGUUUAUGAUAGCCGUAACGCUCUCUGUCAUCGGACAAAUGUUCGUGAUCUACUUCCCUCCGUUACAGAAAAUAUUUCAGACUGAAGCUCUCACGGCGAAAGAUCUUCUAUUCCUGACGGCAUUGACAUCGAGUGUCUUCGUCAUCAGCGAGAUAAAGAAAUUCAUCGAGAGGCAACUGCAAAGACGUCGCGUUAAUAAUGGCCAGUAUUAUAACAAGUUCGAAAUGGACUUUGUAUGA